AGAUACAAGGGCAACCUCAAAAGUUGCAAUCUUUUGAUAUAUCUAUUUCUACUAUUUUGGAGUCGACAUUUCUCGUUCACAAGUUCCAUUGAAGAGCAUUCUCUCGUUCAUCAACAGUUCGCUGCUAUCAGGCCUCGAAAGUUCAUAUUCAAUUGGUACCAUUCAUUUACCUAAAAUGUCGAAUUUCACAGACACUUCAACCUUUUCCCCAGCGCCAUCUUGCGCGUUACACCCUCGUUCACCUCUGUUAUCUGGGAUGUCUGAUCACACGUUGGGUGUAAUUCUGCCCACAUUGGUCUACAUCAUUGGGAGUGUAGUCUUUUACAUCGUCAAUGAGCUUGAAUUGUUUAGCAGCUAUCGCAUCCACCCACCGAAGGAGGAACUACAUCGAAACCGCGUGUCAAAGCUGGGCUGUCUUCUUGUUGUCAUUCGUUAUCAUGUUAUACAGAUCGUGAUAGGAAUACUUCUCACUUACAACAACGAGCCGGAGCUUGUGGAAAUUGGGGGCUGUGAAACAUAUCAGUGGGUGCGAAGGGUUAGAAAGUGUCUUACGGUCAUCCCUUGGGCAUUGACAUUGCUCGGUUUAGAUACUCAAGGACUCAUAUCGAAAUUUGGCAAAACACCUUUGCUAUCACAUAUUUCGGCAAACAGUUAUGAGAUAUCAUCAAGCCCGACAUUUACUGCCAUGGAAUGGAACUUGGCGCGUAUCAUAGUUUCUUUCGCGAUUCCAGCGAUACAGUUCUUCGUGUAUCUCGCAAUUGUUGAUACAUGGAUCUAUUUUGCACAUCGUCUCUGCCACAUCAACAAGACUCUUUAUCGGAUUGUACAUGCUCAGCAUCAUCAACUCUACGUUCCUUAUGCUUAUGGAGCCGUGUAUGCCCAUUGGCUCGAAACUCUUUUUAUGGAUAUAUUGAGCUUUAUCUUAGCAAACGCCAUUUCAGGAAUUUCAGUUCGUCAGGGAAUGGUUGUGACAUCGCUAGCGACGUUAAAGACCAUUAGUGAUCAUUGCAAUUUUGUAUUUCCAUGGGAUCCUUUCGGGUAUAUCAAUGGAAACAAUGCAGCAUUUCACGAUUUGCAUCAUCAAAGUUGGGGUCUCAAGUAUAACUAUUCUACAUACACGGUAUUUUGGGAUAAAUUCUUUGGGACCGAAUGGACUGAUACUACAGGGGCGGACAUGCGUUACGCUCGAACUCGCGAGUUAGUCAAAGCUCGCAGGGAGACAGACGAGGUGACAAUCGUGCACCCGAAAGCGGCGUAGAGGAGAUUUAGAAUAUCUACCUCCGGAGAUAAAGCAUCUUGUGCCUCGGUGUCGAAAAUAUAUAUGGAGGGGUUACCUAUUCUUUGUAGCCAAUGUGCCCAGCAGUUCAGACUGCAAUUCAAUUUGAAUUCGUCAGAUUUUGAAUCUUGGAGAACGUUUUAGUCAUUCUGAUAUAGUUGUUAUCUUAGAUAGAUAGUAGUCAAAAGUUUUUCAGCUUUGAAAAUCAAUACAGUGGUUAGGAUAAUUUCAAUAUUCA